CUUGGGCCACCAUUAGAGCUGUAAAACUUUUAUUGGCCCGGAUGGGAGUCUAGAUGACUGGUUGCCGGAGCAGGCAAUGCAGGCAGUACAGACCAGAGAGAGAACCAGAAGCAGCAAAUGGAGAACAAGCGCCCGAUCGAAUCAGACGCCGCUUACAUAAGGGGCAGAGUAUAUAAGGCGGACCCGAGCUGAGUGGUAGAGGCAAUCUCCCCCUCGUCUUCACGCUUUCUCUCUCACUCUCUCAAACAGCCCCCACUCAGUUUUCGGCCAAACUUCUUUCUUUAUAUAUUCCAACCGUCGCAUGAGCGUGCAGAACCUAAACACUUUCGAUCCCUUCGCAGACGAAGGAGACCCCCUUGGCACAGCUCAAGACGUAGGGUCUCAGCAGAACUACAUCCACAUCCGUAUCCAGCAGCGGAACGGGCGUAAGACGUUGACUACUCUGCAGGGUCUUCCCAAGGAGUAUGAUGCUAAGAAGCUCUUGAAGGCAUUCAAGAAGGAAUUCGCAUGCAACGGUACUCUCGUUGACGACGAAGAGGCUGGAAAAGUUAUUCAGCUCCAAGGCGAUCAACGUCUAAAGAUAUCCAACUUCCUUGUCGAGGAAGGUAUUACCAAGGCUAGCAUCAAGGUCCACGGAUUCUGAGGAGUUUUUCUUGCGCAUCGAGGAAGUGAACUAGAGAUCGAGCUCUUAUAUUUGACGGCUUUCCCUUCCUUCACCUUUUCACUUUACGCUUCAUGACACGUCUUUCUCCCAUUUUGUCAUUUCACCUAUUAUCGUCUUCUCGUUUGUCAGUGUACCACCUAGUUUCGAAUGCUACUCGGACUGCAUAAUACCGUGCAUUCUUUGCUGUGAUCGUUACAUGAAUUCAUAAACGUUACUCCGAAUCAUCAUUACAGGUAGUGUAAGCUAAGGAGCGAACGAAAGCAGGGACGUCCUGCAGUAUUGACGCAACGAGCCACACAUAAGGUAAAAGUGCUGCUUGGAAUCGAUUAGCACUCGGAUGACCUACUGAGCGGACGGUGCACCUGCAACUUCUCGGCGUGCUGUCGAUAUUGAGAUAGAAGCAAACCAGAUCGUCCAAUGUGCGAAAACAACUUAACUCAGAACGCAUCGAAAAGCAGAAAGAAGUUCGAAGCACAAUGUGCAUCGCAGACUACUUGAUUUUGUCCAAAGGC